UCGGAGUAUCCCCGGUUGGGUGUCGCUCCGUUGAGGGGUUGGAUCAUUUAUCGAGUGUUUUGAUCGUAAAACAUCUGUUCUCCCCCCAAAGUAUUCAUCCCAAGUCCCCUGUGUGACAUCUGUGAUUACAGCGGCAAACCAGGAGGGCGAAGCCUGGUUUCCUGACGUAGCUGGUUCGUGGGAAACUGGGCAAGAUACUUUGCCGGGAACAAGUAGUUUGACACUCCAUUUGUUUCAUAUUCACCGCUGCAAGUUUCCAUCGUCAUGGUAUCAUUAUUUUACAAAAUUAUGUUUGCUUGUGGUAUUUUGUCCCUGCUUCACACAGCAUAUUCUGCCACUCAGCACCGGUCGUACUUGCGGCUGACUGAGCAGGAGUUCACAGCGCUUCCUGCUGAUAUAAUUGUGCAAGGCGUGCUCAGUCUCAUCCUCAGCAUGUAUGCCAUACUCUUCAUAGCUGGAGAUUUCCGGGAGAUACGUGCUAAUGUCGACCUUCAGGAAAAGACGUGGGACACUGUCGGCCACCGGCCGUCCUUCAUGGUGUUCUCGCACCGUGGUCGCUGUCUGAGCGCCCACUACCCGGCCGUGGUGGACGACUGACGCGCCGCCGCCGCCGCCGCCGUCGGUCACGUGAUGACGGCCGCCGCCGCCCCAGCGCGCCGCGGCCAGACACCGCUGCCUCAAGAUGCCCGAUUCAGAGGAUGGUGCUCGGUCUCCCGGGCCACGGGCGUCCGCGGAGGUGCGUGUGAGAACGGCUCCUCGCAUUUACGGCCGUCAGCGUGCAAACUCAGCGACUGAAGCUAUCGUGUAUUGUCCUCUGAUUUGCCCGCCCAUCACUUUGAUUAUCCCAUUGCUGGGAGCGUGUCCGUGAAAAGAGCAGACGGUGAGUGUAGAUGCCCCGCUCUUUCAAGUUGUAUGGAUAUGAGCGGUUCGAAUAAUUACCAAGAGUACUUCAUGGCAUCCGAACGAGGUUUCUGUAGUUUCAGUUCAGAUGAUAAUCACCUGUAUCAAUACAGCACUGAACUGUGCGUC